AGUCACAGCGAAACAUUUAGUGAUCCAUUCUUACAUUGAAAGCACUAUUCGGAUUGAGGCGCCAAAAUGCUUCGUCUGUGUUUAUUUUGUGUUUUGGUUGUUUUACCGCUCUUUGUUGUGUCAGAUCCCAUUCGAUCGAAGAAUUCGGAAGACCUCCAUGACUUAGAAGAGCAGACUACAAACGUUGCCGGCAAGACUAAGUCAGGAUGUUUUUACAGGUGCAAGGCCGACCAUGAAAAAGUGCAGCUGUUCCAAGACUUCUACGUCCAGCACAACAAGAAGUAUGGUGCAGAGGAGUACAUCAAGCGAUUCAAAAUUUUCCAGAAGAACUUGGAGGAAAUUGAUCGUCUCAACCGAGAGGAGCAGGGCACCGCAGUAUAUGGCAUCACUCCGUUCGCCGACUUGACAUACGAGGAGUUUACUAGAAACUCCACGGGAGGACGCUUGAGCGAAGGUGCAUGGGCUCGUCAUGAAGAACGAAUGGAAGCGAUCGGUGACGAGGAGAUCGAGUUCGUUGACAACCUGGACGAGCUGCGCGACUCAUAUGACUUCGAGGGUGCUUCUGAGGAGGAGGAUGAUUCCGAGGAGGAGGACAUGGUCGUGGCAAACGACAAGGUCUUCAUCCCGAAACAAUUUGACUACCGCAAAAAGAAGGCAGUAACACCCGUCAAGAACCAGGGUGCAUGCGGAUCAUGUUGGGCCUUCUCAGCAAUUUCCAACAUUGAAGGAGUUUGGGCUAAAAAGAAGAAGCAACUCAUUGAUCUCUCUGAGCAAGAGCUGUUGGACUGCGACAAAGUAGAUCUCGGCUGCAUGGGAGGCUGGAUGGAAGAUGCGGUGAAGGAGCUUGUGCGACUAGGCGGAGUGGCCAAAUCCAAGGACUACCCAUACACGGCACAGGAAGGGCAAUGCCGCUUCAAGAAGAGCAUGGCCGCUGUCAAGGUCUCCGGAACCAGGGGCGUCCCCGCCAACGAGAAGAAAAUUGCCAGGGCCCUCAUCAAGAAUGGUCCUCUCUCCGUUGCCGUCGUCGCAUCCGCCAACUUCCAGUUUUACGUAAAAGGAAUUUUCAACCCCGAUAGAAACCAGUGCUCAACAAACAAACAAGAUGUCAAUCACGGAGUAACGAUUGUCGGCUACGGAGUGGAGAAAAGUCUUCCCUACUGGGUCAUCAAAAACAGUUGGGGCGAUUCGUGGGGAGAUAAGGGCUACAUCAAGCUUGUCAGGGGUAAGAAUGCUUGCGCUGUUUCAUCAUACGUUUCCACGGCUUAUCUUUGAGGAUCUGGUUUAUUGUGAUACCUAUCUGAGUUUUGAGAUUUUUUCCUCUUUUUUUUCUCAAAAACUCAUUUUUCCGUACUUUAAGGCUGAUAUUUUAUCUUUGACUUAAUCUGAAAAUAAAUGUUUUCGCAAGGA